UUUCUCCACCUAUAUUUCAAACACAUGGUUGUUUUGUUUUGAUCGCAAAUAAAUAUACAAAAGAUUAUUAACCAAAUUAAUUAAGUUAAAAUGACGGAAACCAUUAGACAUGCAGUAGCCGAUACAACACAAAAUAAUGAGGAUAACAUCAUUAUCUGUCUACCUGGCGAACGUUUGUGCCGUGUAGAAGAUAAUAUUAUUGUUGGUGAUGGAACCUACGAGCAAGGAGGCUACAUUUAUGCUUCCAAAUCUGGGAUUGUCAAUAUUGAUGAAUCCACUGAAACGUGCCAAGUUGUUAGUGUUCAUAAGCCGGGUUUUCAUUUGACCAUUCCAGCGACUGGGGACAUCGUAACAGCUCGUGUUCUGGUAACAACGCCAAAGUUCGCAAAGUGUGCCAUUUUUAGCGUACGAAAUGUCUUGCUCGAGAGCAGCUAUAGAGGAUUGCUGCGGAAGGAGGACGUCCGCGAAACUGAGAAGGACCGCGUGGAUAUCUAUAAAUCGUUUAAGCCUGGCGACAUCAUCUUGGCACGUGUUAUCAACCAAAUGGAACAAUCAUUUACCUUAAGCACAGCGGAAGCAGAACUAGGAGUUGUAGUAGCUUAUGCCAGUGAUAUACGGAAGAACCGUAUUCCUAUGGUACCAAUUGGAUGGGCUGAAAUGCAAUGUCCAAAGACUACAAUCAAGGAGCCACGAAAAGUUGCCAAAGUUCUGCCCGAAAGUUCGAUUAAAUCAAAUAGGACAUGAUACAUUUAAUUUUCUAUUAGUAUUCUAACACAAAUUUAUUAUGUUAGCAAAGUUCCAUUAUAAAGCAAUUAUAGUUUAAGCACAGUCGGAGCAUAAAUCAAAUAGUUGACGAAAUCAACAAAUAUUAAAUUAUGCUGCCAACGAAAAUCGCAUCGCGUGCUUAUGUCUGAUUCUAAUUCACUCUAUAC